CUAUGUUUUGGGCUUUGAUUGAAGGAAGUCAAGGAACUGAUUCUUUUCGGCUUUGCGCUUGACUCGUAAAUCGCAAUCCAUUUCCCGUCCCGAUUUCUUCUUCAUUUUUAUGCGCGAAAUCACAGAGGAAUUGGAAUUGAUGGUUCAUAUAUUCAGCUGAUAAUUUCAUAUAAUCCGAAGGUUUUCAGAGCUUUCGCUGCAUUGAUAAAAGAAUGGAGGAUUUACUCGUCCCCAUACUUUCGAUGUUCCUUGUUUUGGUCUUAAUACCUUUGUACAUCUGGAAAACUCGGAAGAGUUCUCAGGUUCACGCAGAGAAUGAAGAAGAAGCUCAGGUUAGGCGGAGGGAAGCUGUAGUUAGGGCAACUGGCGCCCGUCGCAUGCGGAGAAGACCGGCUUCUUCAGCUGCCAGCACAUCUUCAGCAUCUGCUGCGCUAGAAGAGGGUGUUGAAGAAAGUGAUGAUGAAGCUUCUGGAGAUGGUUAUUAUGCUGCCAAAGCUUCAAAGAAGAAGGAAAAGAAGCGUCAAGAGAGGGAAGCUCAAAGACAGGCUGAACAAUCUGCUCGUGAAUCAAGGCAGUCAAAAUCAAGCCGCUAUGAUGAAAUUAGGAGGAGAAAAGAUGAGGAGCGUGAAGCUAAAGAACGUGCCUUAGAAGAAGAAGCCAAAGCUCGUCAGGCAAAAGAGGAAGAAGCUGCAGCCUUUGAGUUCGAAAAAUGGAAGAGUGCAUUUUCAGUUGAUGCUGAAGGUACAACUGAAGGUGAAGUUCAAGAUGAAAGCCAUGGCUUACUUUCUGAUUUUGUGGAGUACAUCAAGAAGCAUAAAUGUGUCCCACUGGAGGAUCUUGCUGCAGAAUUCAAGUUGAGAACCCAGGAGUGUAUUAACCGGAUCAACUCACUGGAAGAGAUGGGGAGGCUUUCGGGGGUGAUGGAUGAUAGAGGAAAGUACAUAUACAUCUCUCAGGAAGAAAUGAAAGCUGUUGCAGACUAUAUCAAGCGUGUGGGUAGGGUGAGCAUAUCACACCUUGCCAGCAAAUCUAACGAGUUCAUUGACUUGGAGCAUAAAUCCCAGUUGGUUGAGGUCAACACGGUUAGUGUUGGGGAGAUAGCUGUUGUUUGACUCUCUGUGAUUACAAAAUCUCCGUAUUGAUCGACCAGGUUUAUACUUUUUUCUAUCCAAACUGUUUUUUUUUUUACUUAAAUGAUGAAAGCCAAAUAAAACCUUGCUGGCCAAAAACACUUGAAACCUUCCCAUGUCUAUCAAUCUAUAAGACACAUGUUUUAGGUCAAAAAUCUUGCUCAUUUCUGUAUACACACUGAUUAUAUUUGUUAAGGAAAAGAGAAAUGGUGAACAAAUAACACCACAGACACAAAGUACAAACUUUUAGUAAGGUAUCCUAUUACAUAAGUUACUUCUAUUUUCCACGGGUAGGCUACAUUAUC